GCUUCUGUAACUGCAUUGCGGAUCUGUACCUGCACUGCAUUUCUGAACCUGCAUUGCGUAUCCAUACCUGUAUUGAGUUUCCAAACUUGCAUUGUGUAUCCAUACCUUCGUUGCAUAUCUGAAUUUGCAGUGCGUUUUUGAAGGAAAACUUGAUGUAAUACUUGUAUAAUUCACACAUUUUUAAAGGUGGAAUGGGAAACUUCUUAAGGUGGAUUUAUUAAAGAUAUUUAAUUGAAUCAGUUUGUGUGCAGUUCCAGCAGGUACUCAGUGUUUAUGCAGGUGUUUGUUGUACAGAAGAUGAAGGUAAGAAGAACACUGUUCUGGAGGAAGGGUUGGAUGGUGCAGGUGAUCUGAGGCGUGAUCAGUCGUGUAUUAUUCAUCCCUCAGGUAGAGGAGAGAAAGUGAUCAGAUCAGGUUACACGAGUCCUGCAUCUGAAACGCUGCAGGAUCAUGAGGCUGGAGGGAAGCAGCAUGGCCGGUAAAGACUGCGUUAAAGUGGCCGUCCGAGUUCGUCCGUUUAAUAAGAGGGAGAGGGAUGCGGGCAGUCGCUGCAUCGUCUCCAUGAGUAACAGUAUCAUCACUCUGCAGGAUCCGCGGAACCAGCAGAACCGACGCACCUUCACCUUCGACUACACCUUCUGGUCCCACAGCGGCUUCACCCGCGACCCCACCGGCCUCUUCAUCCCCGAGGAGGAGGGAGGACGCUACGCUGAUCAGGCCAGUGUGUUUCAGGGUCUGGGGGAGGGGGUGCUGGAUAACGCGCUGCAGGGCUACAACGCUACGCUGCUGGCGUACGGUCAGACCGGAUCCGGUAAGAGUUACUCCAUGCUGGGGUACGGACCCAAUAAAGGCCUGGUGCCCACGCUCUGCUCCCGCCUCUUCCACUUCAUUAGGACCAAUCAGGACAGCCGGCAGUGCCAGGUGUUCUUCAGCAUGCUGGAGAUCUAUAAUGAACAGGUGGUUGACCUGCUCUCCAGGUCGAGUCGGUCAGGUGGGGGUCUGCGGGUUCGGGAGGAUCAGCACACCGGGUUCUACGUCGAGGCUCUGAGGAGGAUCCCGAGUGACAGCGCCGCCCAGGUGGAGCAGCUGAUGGAGCAAGGUACCCGCACCAGAAGCACCGCCUCCACCCACCUGAACUCCAACAGCAGCCGCUCACACAUGCUCAUCAUCCUGCAGCUCAAACAGAUCUUCUCUAAAGAGUGCAUCACCAAACAGUCUAAUAUUUACCUGGUUGACCUGGCCGGCAGCGAGAGGCAGAGGUCAUCGGGGUCAGAGGUCGACCGGCUGAAAGAGGGAACGGCCAUCAACCUCAGCCUUACCACACUCGGCAACGUCAUCAGCGCUUUAGCGGAAGCAGCUCUGGGGAAGAAGGUGGUUCAUAUUCCGUACCGAGACUCAAUCCUCACCAAACUGCUGCAGUCUGCACUCGGGGGAAACAGCCGCACCGUCAUGAUAGCGACUCUGAGUCCGGCUGAUAUCUGUUAUGAAGAAUCUCUGUCCACCCUGCGCUACGCCGAACGAGCGAAGAGGAUCCAGAACCGGGCCGUGGUGAACGAGGGACCGACGGAGCGCCUGGUUAAAGAGCUGAAGGCUGAAAACGCAAAACUGCUGCUGAGACUCAACAGACUGGAUCAGGAGGACCGACCAUCCAACCACCAGGAGACCAAAGAGCUGCGGCGUCUCCUCACCCACAACCAGCUUCAGAUCAGAGCCAUUCAGACCCUGUGGGAACAUCGCCUGCAGGAGGCGCUACAGGACUGGGAGGCUCAGUACACCUCCAUCACACAGGAGAGGACGAUGAUGCAGAUGUAUCCGUAUGUGGUGAAUAUUAAUGAGGACGCUCAGCUGUCGGGGGUGAUUAAGUUGUUUAUAGAGGACGGUGAUUGGGACGUGGGUCUGGCAGACAGUUCCCCCAGAUCCAUAUCCAUCAGAGGACUGGGUAUUCAGGAGAAGCAUGCAGUUUUCUCCAAUCAGCAGCGCAGAGUCACCAUCACCCCACUGUCUGGGUCAAAGGUCAUCGUCAACGGCGUUCCCAUCUCUCAGAAAACUGAACUGCAGCAUUUAGACCGGCUGGUUCUGGGUUCUAACAGUACGUAUCUGUAUAUGGGGUUCCCGUUGGAGCGAGGCGGGGAGGACUGGACUCGUUAUGAUUAUGAUUAUUUCCAGUCUGAACUGGCUGCAGCCGAGGGCGUCAACAUCCAAUCACUGUGUGAAGAGCAGGGCCAGAGGACACUCCAGCCGGACCCCAGUCUGCUGGCGGUGUUUUAUGAUUAUAUCAGGUUGAUGCCGAUGGUGACCGAAGCCAAUCAGAUGAGUCAGGAGCUGAACAAGGGGGUGGAGUUUACUCUGGAGAUUAAGAAUCUGGCAAUGUCCGACUCUAAAGGUCACGACCUGGAGAAGGAGAUCGUGGUGAGGGUGACGAGUGUGGAGAGUAAACAGGUGUGGGUGUGGUCCAAGGUGAAGUUCAUUAACCGUAAGUUCCUGAUGGAGGAGGUGUAUCGGCAGCAGAAAGGGGGCGUGGCCGAGGAAGACGUUGCCCCGCCCCCUCUCUCCCGGGACCGGGACCCGUUCUGGGACCCCGUGGAGCCGCUGCACCUGGGCGGGGCUCACCUGUGGCUGCAGUCCCUCCCCUUCCGUAUCCGGGUGGAGGAGCAGGUGGAGGCGGUGGGACCCGAGGGCACGGAGGAGGCCAUCCUGCAGACCCAGCUCAUCCCCUGCAGCCCUGCGGGAUUGCCGCUGGGUGAGGAUGAUAUCCUGAUAGACCCCACAGAGCUGCUGGGGAAGCGUCUGGACUUCCUGCUGGUUCUGGAUCAGUGCUGUGGACUCCGCUGGCUUAAAGAGGCUCGAAACCGUGGAGUUCAGAUCGGGUUUCAGAUGUUCGACUCUCCUCAGCCGCUCUACACUCCGGCCGUGUGGCACAAUGUGAACCCGGUUCUGGAUUACCGGAUUCAGUUCACGGCUCUGAGAACCUCCCCCGACCUGCUGAUCCACCUGCAGAGCAGCGCCCUGGUUCUGGAGCUGUGGGGUCUGCAGGAGGGAUGCUCUGAUCUGGGGUGCAGUCUGGACGGGGUGAGGAAGACUCCGGAGGGGAGCAUCAUCAUCGACAGAGCGAGCGCUCCAGAUAACACGGUGGUAGAUGGUUCAGAUCUGAGUUCUAGUCUUCAGGCUCUGAAUCAGGAUCUGCAGCAGUUGAGGAUCAGUAACGCUGCUCUGAGAAAAGAGAACAGCGCCCUGAGAGAACAGCUCAAUAACUCAGCUCGACACGGUGUGGAUGGUGGGCGUGGCCGGCAGGAGAGGCGGGGCAGUCUGAGGACUAGCUGUGAUGCAGACUUCGCCCGAGCGCUGAAGGUCUUCUACCACAGUAUGACCUCCGUCAGGGGUCAACUACAGCGCCUGCGCAGACACCGCCCCAGCGAGGAGCAGGAUCUGCUGGGGCUGCGGUUGUUUGUAGAUGAACACGGUCGGAUGCUGAAGGAUUUUGGGGAGCAGUUGGAGCAGAGUGUGUCGGCGCUGAAGCAGGACGUGGCGGCGAUCGUCCGCAGGAAGCGGGAAAAGUCCGGAAUCUGGUCGGAGCGCUGAGAGUGUCCGGAAAACACGGAAUCACAGCGUUCCUGAUGAUCCAGAACCGGAACGUGAAGCUGUGCUCCUCCUACUGUCUGCUGGAAAACGAGCCGAUACAGGACUGUCCUCACAUUACACUGUGAGUGUACCAUAUAUUUACCUCAUAUACACACUCAUUUAACACACACACA